AUGACCAUCCAAGAGGAUCUCUCGAGCCUCGGUUUGGCUAAUGAAAGCCGUUGGGGCUCCAGCAAAGUGUUCCAAAAUUAUCUGAUGCCCUCUCUCAAGCUUUAUGACACGCGCGUCUCUAUCAACCACUGGCAACUGCGGGACUGUGUGAAGCACUCAUCUAGCGAGCCCGGAAAAAUCUACUACAUCUACGAUUAUUCCAUCCGUGUUCUUGACACAAGAGCCAAUAGCUCCGGAACAAAGCUGCGAUCCAACAGAGUCGCCAUUCGCGACCGAAAAAGACGGAGUUCGUCACCCAAGCGGCCCGCCAAGGGCCAGAUGCGUUCGCCAUCUAAACAGCUCAUCGAGUUUGAUUUCAAAUCUCGCUGCUUUCAAGAACGAAACGGAUUGUUGGUGUCUGGUGGUCUUAUGGGUCCCGACGACACCGGGAACUGGAACCAGGUUUUUAGACACACGUUAUCGACUCCUAGCAGAAAUACAGCUACAACCGACAGCUGUCGCAACUCAAUCCAACCUAUCAAAAUCUCGAGCAGUUCGGUUCUCUCCGAUCCCAACUCUUAUAGUAAUUGUGACAGCUGGAAGGGUGUCUUGUCCCUUUACAACGAAGAGAGUGAUACUUGCUUCACUUACCGUCUUGGCCAAUACAUUAACAACUGUGUUCUUCUACAUCCCAAAACCACUCAGCAAUACGACCUGUUUGCGUGUAACAAUGAUGCUCAUCUAUAUCAGUGCGAUGUCAGCAACAGAGGCAUCGAAUUAACCAAAAGAUACUCGGACUUGAAGUUUUCACUCAAUAACGCGGCUUUGUCUCACGAUGGAAAGACCCUUAUUACUUCUGGCGAUUCCAGCAAAUUUGCCAUCUACCAUCAAAACGAAAUGACUAGUUUCUUUUCUCUAAGGUACGAUAGUCAGCCACAAUGGGGAAGCUCUUUCAUCAGAAACAAGCGCAUCCCUCGCUACGCAAUGCCCGAUAGAUCUGGCUUUGUGGAUAAUAUUUAUGAGGUCCCCGGUGGAGAUCAUGGAUUUUAUAGCAGCUUCAGCGAAAACGAUAUGCUGUUUGCGACAGUUUUCCAAAAUGGUACGUGCUGGGUUUACGAUGCUAGAAAAAUGGAGUCUCCGAUAGCUGAGAUCAAUUCAACGCGCAAGUAUACCCAGAACGGGGCGUUUCGCGUUUGCAAGUUCAGCGAGGGUAUGGACGACCUUCUUUUUGUUUCUGAACAUCAUGGCAGGGUACAUGUUGUAGACACGCGCAAUUUUAUGAAUCAUCAGGUCAUUAUGAUACCUGAGUAUAAUAAUUCUUUGAGCGAAGAUAAGGAAUCUGUUGUAUCUUCACGGAGAAGCUCUUUACCUGCUCAACUGAAUGAUCCUCACACCACACUUGCUUCCAGCAUACCUGUAAGUGAACUUCAGCCACAGCUGGUUCCCUAUCCGAAGGCAAUGACGAGUACCAGCAACGGCUUGGAUACAAAUACCGAGGUCGACGAAGUUCCAGAAUCUGAGAACUUGGGACGGAGAAGCAGGAGGGCAUCUUAUUUCAGGGUCAGAAGGUUUUCUACGUCCAGUGCCACGCCCUCAGUUUCUCUUGAGUCAAUUGAUCCGUCAAUUUUAGACUCGCGGUACACCGCUCAAAACUACCGAGCUGUUGAUAACUACAAUUACGUGAGCGAAAUGCUUCAGGAAAGCGGCGCGAACAACGAUAGUUCCAACUCUGCCACUCUUCAAGGAAAUAAUGGGGUUUUUCUGGAAAACGACGUUGAAGAGGUGGAGGCGUAUGGCGAUGUCCAUGACCGCACGGGCCAUUCACUCUUGUCACGGACACGUCCUCAAACAAGUCGGACAUCUACCGGCGUGCUGCAUUACUCCCGUGGAAGUGACUUAUCGGCGAAUUCCAGUGACGAAAACAGCAUAUCAGGAAUUGAUUGGAUGGAAGAUGAAGAAGGUAGCUCGCUGGUUAUAGGUACAGACUAUGGCAUUAUAAAAUGGAAAAUCAAUUCUUGGGCGCGCAGGUCUUUCCCAAGCUAUGAUUUCUGUUGA